CGCUCUCUCAACCUCGACUUGGCAUCGUCUCGGCUCAGCUGAAAAUUGGGGCCGAUAUUUGCUGCAUUCAAGCUGGAUCACAAUGUUUCCGUUCGUUGCUUCCAUCUUUUUGCUUUGCCUGUGCCUGGCAAACGCAAUCAACUUCACAACCGUCUACGAGUGGGAUCAAUUUCAUUUCAUCAGGCCAGCAGGAGCGGAAACGGACACUUCAAAUGGACAGAUUAAAGAUGAAUACAAGCCAGGCGAUGUUUAUCCUAGAUACAUGGCUGUUUUUGGAGAAAGGCUAUUUCUAAGCCUUGAUUCGUCUUCGGGAAAUCUGGUGUGGCUGCCAACGAGCGGCACGUCGACUGCUCCUCCAAAACUUGCUCCUUUCCCAACCGGCCAAUUUCAUAAAAAAGACAACUGCAAUUCUAUUCAGAUGGCCUACGGCAUGGAAACGGACACUGAUGGUCGGUUGUGGGUGCUUGAUGACGGUAGCGAGAUUUGUCCGAGCAAACUUUGGAUAUUCAACCUUCUCAAAAACGACGCAACCGAGUUGAUUCACCACUUCCCGGACACAGUCGUCUCUCAUGCAUAUUCUAAUAGGUACCUGCGAGGUAUCGUGCUGGAAAAAACGGCAGACGAUUCCCUUGCGUACAUCACGGACUCUUUUCCUGAGCACAUCGUCGUCUACAGCCGAAAAUUGGACAAAUCCUGGUCGGUUAAAACACCAGGCAGAAAAUGGGAAUGCUUGGCCCUCUCUGCUGACAGGGAGGCGAGACAGUUGUACCUGGGAAGAUUUAAUUCCGAUGAACUGUACUCAGUGUCUGUGUCUGAGCUGAAGAAUGAAGGUGGAAGCGCUGCUGUCAAAUUAAUCGGCGAAUGGACUGGAAUACCUUACAGAAUGUUGAUCGACGGCGCCAACGUCUUGUAUGCCGCCUUUACCACACAGAGUUACGCCUCCAAAUGGAAUAUUUCGCAGCCCUUUCGUGAGCAGAGAUUACACGAGGUCGGAGAACUGGAUGGUUAUUGGCCAUUUACUUUUGCCUUGGACGCAAACGGCAAUUUAUGGGUGACGAAGAGAAAUGAAACUAGGCAUCAACUACUCAAGGCUGCAGUCGGCGCAAGAUCGAAUUUAUUCACAGUUCCAACGACCCUUGCUGAGACCUCAGGACAGCAGGAAAUCACAGAAUCAUCCACAUCAUCCCUUCGUGAAGAAUCUACCCCUCCUCCCUCUUUAACAACUGGAGAAGCGCAGAAUCUACUCGGAGUCUUCUUUAUCAAUCUGAGUCCACAGAGUAAACUUAUUGGAAAGACGCAGCCCCGCCCACAAAGUUCAAUCUCUCUCCCGUUCCUCGUCCUUUUGCAGACUUGCCAUUGCGCGGCUGACCCUGAAAUCGGGAAGAAUGCAAACCUAUAUCAGGUACAUUUCGAAGGAAAAUCUUGCGGACAGCAAACAGUUUUCCAAUAAAAAUAAAGUGUGUUGCUUUUUAAUUUUGGGUUAAUUAAAAUAAACCUAGAGAUGAUCAUAAUGCUAUGUUGUUUUUAUUGUCUUUUUUAACAUAAUAAUAUUUUAUUUGUAAGAAUAUUUCUAGUUAAAUAAAAAUAUAUACUCCAAUAUUCCCU